GCUUUGUAUCAAAUUUGACCAACGUUACCGUAUACCAAUUUUAUUUUUCUUUAAAAUGUUUGUUUCUUUUUAAAUUUAGGAUUAGGAAGUAUGCCAAUCUCAAAAUAUAUAAUUAGAAUGAAUGUGAAGCUUAUUCUAUUAUAUUAACAAUUGUAGCUCCAUGAACAACUAGUAAUUCAACCCAGGCCUAGUCUAUAUUCCUAGCUUUAUGUUUCAUUAAGUUGACUGAAAAUAUCUUAUAUCAAUGUAUGUACUCACAAAUUAUUAAAAACUUUUACUAUGCCUACAAGAGCAGAAGUUCCAACCCAAGACAGUAAUAGUUGGACUGAUGCUUUGCCUGUGUGUAGGCUCUCAGGAAUAGGCUACUCAACAAAUCAAAUAUAUCGGGAAGAUGGCUAUCGACAGGAAGAACACCCAUUUGAAGAUACAAGUUUUCAUUGGCAGCUCGAUGAAAACACAUACCUUUAUGGGGUUUUUGACGGACACGAGGGAAUUGAAACUGCCAUGUUUGCCUUACAAACUAUGGCCUAUGAAAUCACAUUCGGUCAACUUAGUGAUAAGCAGACUGAUGAAGAAAUUAGGGAAGUGCUCAGGCAAGCAUUUAUCUCUGUAGAGAAAAGUUACUCACUCAGUAUUGGCGAUACAUUGGCUGAGCGUACGUGUGUUAAAGAGGAAAUUCCAGACGGGUUAACAUCUUAUGAAGCCUACCAAAAGUAUCCCCACCUGGUCGACAAACUGAAGCGGCUGAAUGGUGAGCUGUCUAGUGGUACCACUGCAGUGAUCGCCUUGAUUCGUAACAACCGACUCUUUGUUGCUAAUGUUGGAGACAGCCGAGCUCUUCUUUGUCGUACAGAUGAGAACAGAGUGAUGAAAGUGGUGCAGCUCAGCUGUGACCAUAACCUUAGCAAUGAAGAUGAACUUUUGCGACUUUACAAUCUCGGACUAGAAAAACUGACUCCAGGGUCUCGGCUGGGUAACCAGGACAACACCCGGUGUUUGGGCAACCAUCUGGUCAAGGUGGAGUACAAGGAGUUUGAGGAGCUAGCAUGUGCGACGGCAGAGCCAAUCAUAGCUGAGCCGGAGAUCAACGGAGGCAUUGAGCUGGACGAAUCAUGCAGAUUUCUGUUGUUGAUGUCAGACGGUUUGUAUAAGUCAUUAGAAGAAAGUGGUGUCUCGGAAGAUCAAGUGAAUAAGGAGAUAGCGAGACUAACUGUUAGUGAGUUUCGGAUGCAGGCAACGCUGAUGGGUGUUGCUCAGGCUGUAGUUGACCGUGUGGUUCGUGUUCAUCACGACGUCUACAUGAGAGGUGUGCCUGAGGCCGGCGCAACACGCAGAGAUGACAUCACACUGCUUGUGCGCAACUUCAACUACCCUCUACCCAAUGCAAUCACUAGUCCCACACACAACGUGCGCUUCAACCCCAAUCCCACCAUCAAGACUAUCCCACCGCUUGAAAACUCUAACUUUCAAACAGAAACAAAUCACAGCACUGGGACUGAGUACACCAACUCAACAUCAACUUCGCAUGGUUCUGAUGAGUCCAGCAUACAAAGAGUUGAGCGAAUACCUGCCUAUGUAGACUUUAAAGAGUUCUUCCAGAAUGUUGAAGAAGCUAGACAAAAAGGCACACUACCACCAGGAAUAGAUUUUGGGAUGUGAUCCAAUCUUUUACUUUAUGCAUAAUAAUAAUGUUAGAAUGCUUGUUAAUAAUUACAUGUAAAUUGACUUUUUAUAAGUGUCAUCUGAUAAGUAUAUACUGUAACAUGAAACCCUAAGGAAUGUUAUUUUGCAAAAUAGAUCUUGAAAUUAAGGGUGUGCGAGUGCGAUUCAUGGAAAAUGAGUCGGAAUUCUGAUUUGAUUUGAUGGUAAUAAAAAUAAUGAUCCGACUAAUGUAGGGAGGGGCCAAUUGUAGGGCAUAAGUUACACUGAGACAUUGCAUCACCAAUAGCUAUGUAAGUUAUUUACAUCAAAGUACAUUAGAUUCAGAGUCAUUAUUAGUCAUAUUAACAUCCAGGGAUACAUUAUCAAUGUUUGUUCUUCACCUCACUGGAACAAGUUACUACUUGGCAAAUACCUCUUCUUACUCCUUUCUCGAUGAGUAUAAAUUGCUCUUAAUCUAAAAGUAAAUAUAAAUUUUAUUUUUAUUUUUUAAGAACCAAAACACUUUAAUAUAAUCUAAAUUGAUACAUAUAAUCUUUAAGCACACCAACAAAGUCUUAACACGACUUCCUAUACAAAACAAUUUAAAAACAACUCUUAAAGCUUGUCUAUAACUUAUCAAGUGAGCUGAACAUAGCCAAUAAAGAGUUUGUAUUAUA